AAACUGCAACUGAGAUUUUACGAAUCCAUACCGCAUUAUUUCAAUUUGUAUUUUCUACUGUAGGAUACCAUUGUGCUGCAACGGCCGCGGGUGUUUUGAAAAAGCCCGGAAUGAAAUUCUUCGAAUUUUGAUGUAACAAAGCAGGGGGUUUGGAAGUCAUAAAUUGCAAAUGGAGUCAGACAAGCUCAUCAUCAGGAGUAAAACUCCUGACGGAGUUGUAAGUUUCGAUGAAUAUGGCUUUGCUGUGUUUUCAGAAGAUCAAGCGGACAUUGAGCGCAGUCACCACUACACUAGCAGUUUGCAGAAUCUCUCUGCGGAGCAUGUGCUAGCAUGUGAGAGGUAUAUCACAGAAUGGCCAAAUUCUUACAUCAAUUCCCCCAACAAGCUGAGAUACCUACUACGGAAAGGCUUGCCCAGAACUCUGAGACCGGUCCUGUGGAGUAAGCUGCUAGGAUGCGAGCAACAGCAGAAGACAUCCUCGUUCAGUUAUUCGGAGUGCGUACGGGCCUUACGCUCCCAGAUGGUUGACCUGGGUAUCAGCGAGUACUGCUUCCGCCCCCACCACCGCACCCCUCUUGAUGAAGAGGAGGAGAAUAAUCCUGGUAGAACAGAGGAGACGGAUCGUCAUCAGCCAGCCGAGAUGAAGCAUCUCAUUCCUCUGCAGAUCCUCAGACAGAUUGUUGUUGAUCUGGAGCGAACCUUCCCUACACACCGUCUCCUCAUGGGAUCGAAACCCGAGGCCAAGGAAGGACGUGCAUCUCUCUUCAGACUUCUCAGUGUAUACGCUCUUUAUAACCCAACAGUGGGAUAUUGCCAAGGAAUGUCUUACCUGGUAGGCAUGCUCCUAAUGGUGAUGAACGACGAAGAAGAUGUCUUCUGGGCGAUGGUGGCGCUCUUCGAGAAACCAAAGUUUCUUGCUGGUUACUUUGACAAGAAUCUCAAACGAAUCCAGAGUCAUGCAUCUCUAUUCCACAAGCUUCUUCGACAACGCUUCCCAAAAGUAGCCAAACACUUUGAUUCGCUUGGUGUCCAGCCUUUGAUGUACGUCACACCAUGGUUCAUGUGCCUGUAUACAUCACUGCCAUGCUGGGACACCGUACUAGCUAUAUGGGAUCUCAUCUUACUCGAUGGAGUAACCACCAUAUUCCGAGUCGGCCUGUCUUUGAUUGACAUCCAUCAAGAUAUAAUUCUCUCAAACACAGACCUCACAAAGAUAUUACCUCCUCUGCUGCAUCCCAGACCUGAAAUGGUGUAUCAUGAAAUCCUCAUACCAGCUGUGUGGAAGACAAAUGUGGAGAAAUGGGAGAUUGAGACACUCCAGGCCAUAGUAGCUGAAGAGGAAGACCCUGUACAUUCAGGAUUGAAAAGAAGACAUCACACAGAGAGAACAUGUGGAGAAGUGUCACAGGAUAGCAAGCGAAUGAAACUAGAAGAAAAACCUAAACCAGCGCCAACAAACAGCUUCUUCCAGCGAGUCAUCAAUAUCUUCACCCCUCGCAACCAGAGGGAUAAUGAGCUUCAGGCUCAAGGGACUUCAGUUACAACGUCCCAAGAUCAAAAUCGCCGCGACACAAGACAGAGCCAACGUCUGACCCAGAAAGGUCCUGGGGCAGCGCGACCUGCAAGGCAUCGGACAAGUUCCAGGGUCAGAGAGCUGGCAGAGUUGGGGUCGACUCCAGGAAAAGGGCUCAAAGGAUGCAGGGGAUUGAACACUUUAGCUUCAGAGGAUCUGGUGUCUCCAAGGUUUGGCAUGGAGCUUGGUGCAAUGGGUGAAGCAAGUGGAACAUCUAGAAGACACACCAGAUCAGGAUUUACUACACUAGGGUGCAGUCAUACAGGAAAGGAAGGUUCCUUGGCAGAUGCCCAACCGUUGGGUCGAAGACGGACACCAAGGAAAGUUACCAUUGAAGCGAACGAGGUAUCCUUCAAAGGUCACAGACAAGUUCCACUCACACCAAGUUCAGCUGGACGAAGCAAGAUGUUUGGUCGUCUCCACGCAAAGGUAUUCGGUAGCGAAGAGCCUCAAGGAUCAACGCUUUCCCACCCACUUGAGGAUUUGGCCAAGGCAUCCCCUGAACGCAGGAGAACCCCAACAAAAGCUAGACGUGGUCUUGGGAAGUCACCAAAGCAACGACAGAGGACAUCCCCAAGAUUGUCCUCUAGGUCUCAAAGACAGCCGCCGCGCAGUGGCUGGUUGUCCCCCUACUGCAAGCAGUACAUGGUGAAUCCAUCUCUUCCGACCAAAGCCCAAUCACCACCAAAGGCAUCCCAGCCAUCCUCAAAGGCCAGCCACCUUAGCCCACCAAGAAGUGCAACACCGGACCUCGACUUCUUCCACCUGGAAAGUCCCAUUCGAGGCUCGGCUGGCAACAAAGAGAAUAGUCCGAGCAAAGCCUUCCAAUUGGAUGGCCAAAUAAAAACGGCGCCCUCGAUAGACAGCCUGGAAUCCACUCCGGAUGGUGUCCUCUCUGUUCUUGGUGAUACCGGCUCACAAGCUUGGAGAGAAAUAAGAUCCCCCCUGUCCGAAAGAUACUCUACUCUGAAUGAAAACAACAACUCAUUGUUCAAGACCCCUUCACACCCGAUGAAUCUCAGACCCAAGCAUUUCACACCAGGGAUGUACAGUGCCAAAACACCUAAGAGUGAAGAGCGCCACCUACUGGCCUGGGAGAACCCAAUGAAUAUGCCAUCAGCCAGGCGGCUGGUUUGUAGAUCUGCUAAAGCUCAGCAUUCCUUCAAGAUGUUCCACACACCGACCCCACUUCGUCAAUCAAAGGUCCUGGACCUUCAUCCGAGUCCCAACCUAUCUAGCCCAGAAGUAGAGUUGACCACGCUGAGCUUUGCUUCACCGACGGCUACUCUCAAUCUCAGCGGAAUGAACUUAGAUGAUUAA